UAAGCGGCGAGAGACGUCAUGUCACGGCUGAACAAGGUAGCAUACGUUAGCCGUUCGUCGAUAUACGUUGUAGGUUAUGGUAGGACAUGAAUUGUAUGUUAGGUCUAUGAUAUUAUAGCAAAAUUCCUUUUUGCCACAUCCUGGUCGAUGUUUAUGGAUUUCCAGAAGUUGACGUGUCUUUGAGCGGACUUCCAGGUAACGUUACGAAAAUGCCAUUGCAUGGGAAAAUAGUCGUGAUUAAGAGGAGUGGAGGAGAUGGGACUGAGUUUCCUCUUAUUUCAACAUGCCUAAUUGGAAGGAGGCCUGACUGCGAUAUUCGUAUUCAGCUUCCUCAAGUCUCCAAGGAGCAUUGCAGAAUUGACUUGAAUGAAAAUAAAGAGGUCAUUUUGACAAAUUUGAGCUCAGUGAAUCCAACUUGUGUGAACGGAGAGGCUUUGCAGCAGUCCGAGCGUUUGAAGCAUGGAGAUGUUAUAACUGUUAUUGACCGUUCUUUUAGGUUUGAGUACCCUCCGCCACCCACACCAAAGAAGAGGUCUUCCAAAGGAGGCAAAACUGAAACCCUCAAAAUUCUUCAAGAUCAGCAAGUGGGGGCCACUGUCGCCACCGAAACAGGAGAAAAACGGAUCUCUGAAGUUACCACCGACCCUCAUCUGAAAGAUGGAACUAACCAUGACAACAUCCAGCGACCCCUGGAGAAAACUGUGGAGGUGGAGACCAAGGAGGACGAUAGCCUGCUGCAAAGCAAGACCGCCUCCCCCUUCAACGAUCUGUAUCAAAUGAUCAAAAAAUCUCUGGAUGUCAAGACCCCUCGGAAAUCUUCUGCCAGCGUGCUUCAAACGCCUACCUCAAGGUUUUGCACUCCAAAACCUGGUUCAGUGAGGAAAAAUGAUGGGAAACCUGUCCUUUCAACCGCAGACAAAAGCACUCCAAAGAAGGAUGAAGCUAAAGUCUCUCCUGUAGCUGACGAAACUAAGGGGGAGGCUGAAAAUGUAAGUAACGGGACCCCCAAGUCUGUUAAGAAGCAGAGGAGGUCCUCCCAGGUUCCUUCUACUGAGCUGGCAGGACCUGAAGUUGGAGAAGCUGAAAAUGCUGCCAGCUCUGAAGCAACUUCACCCCAGAAGAGAAGCCGUACACCCCCCCAGAGGUUCAGUGCGUGUGAGGUUGAGCCCAAAUCACCCGUGAGGAGGAGAAGCAAGGAGGCCGAGCCUGCCGUGACUGAGGAACAAGAAGAGCAAGCGGUGACUCCUACCAAAACGGAUGGUCUUAGAAGGUCAUCACCAAGGAACUCUGGGAAAGAGGCGUCCAAAAAACGCAAAUAUGGAGAGGUGGAGGCCGACUCGCCCACACCACAAAUGAAAAGGAAACGGGUUUCCUUUGGAGGUUACCUGUGUCCUGAGUUGUUUGACAAACGUCUGCCUCCUGACUCUCCAUUAUGCAAGGGGGCCACUCCGCGAAGAAGCUUGUGUGUCUCUAAGCCCAAGCAGUCACUCCUCAGACGAGCAUCAGCCAUUGGUUUGCGACAGGAGUUUGAAGAAGAGCAUCCACGUAGCCCUAAUGUGCGCAGUCCUGCAAAAAUGAGGACUCCAUCACCUAAGUCAUCAAAGAAGUCUCCAAAGGCCAGGACCCCCUCUCCCAAAGCUGCAUCUCCUGCAAAGAAGUCACCAAAAUCAAAGAGUCCUUCUCCUGCAAGACGAAGGUCUCCCACUGUUGGUGUAACACCAGGAGUCCAGACCCCCUUAAUACAAGGGCGCUUCUCUGUGUCACACAUCAGCACACCAUCUCCAGUUGCAGAAGCUGCUGUAACUGAUCAGGUGCCUUUAGUCACUGUAACUCCUAAAGUACCCCUGAGGAGGAAGAGCCUGUCCCGGGAGACUCCAAGUAUGGCAAAGAGUGCUGUAAAAGUAAUGCGCAGAAGAAGUGGCAUUUCACGGGCAUCUCUGAAAGUCAAAAAUUCCUGGGCAGACAUUGUGAGAUUUGGGCCAACUAAGCCUCAAGUCGCUGUUCCAGCUAAAAAAAUAGUCACCAAAAAGGCAGCAAAGAAGACUGUGUCCAAACCACAGACUCCUGCAAGAAAACUCAAAGACCAUGUCAGCACUGGACAUGCAGACUCACCUGUUACCAUUGUUGUGGGCAGAGCUCACAAACAAAAGGUUUUACAUCCAACUGGUGCUGCGCCAAGACUGGUCACCAAUAUUGCACUCCUGAAAAAGAACAUGAAAAUGGAUGAGGACUUGAGUGGAAUUUCGGAAAUGUUAAAAACCCCUUUAAAUGAAAGGAAGGGGAGAUCAGUAAUUGGUGAGAACGAUGCCACAAAGACACCAGUGGGAGGUCUAGCCACAUCCGUGGUAGAACCAUCAGUGCUGAACACACCGGAGGAGACAGGUGAAAUGAUGGUGUCUCCACUGAGUGUUUCGUCUACCGUAAAAGACCGAAGAUACAACACUGAAGCAGUCCAACGCCUCCUUAAUGAUGACCAAGAAUCUAGCAUCGUCAGUGACAGCUCUGCCUCUGAGAUUCACUGCGACGAUUUUAGCGAACAGUGCACAGAUUUGAAGACAACCUCUGUAACAACUCCCAAACAGAAGCCAGAAUUGCCAGAGUGUCUCACCGGAGUCAAGAGGAUCAUGAAGACGCCAAGACAGAAAGCCGAGCCUGUCGAGGACAUCAGAGGGAAGCUUUUGAAGACCCCUAAGCAGAAACCGGAACAACAAGAGUGCCUCACCGGAGUCAAGAGGAUCAUGAAGACGCCAAGACAGAAAGCCGAGCCUGUUGAAGACAUCAGAGGGAAGAUUUUGAAGACCCCUAAGCAGAAACCCGAGCAACAAGAGUGUCUCACCGGAGUCAAGAGGAUGAUGACUACUCCGAGACAGGAGGCUAAGCCUGUAGAGGACAUCAGAGAGGAACUUCUGACAACUCCCAAACAGAAGCCUGAACAACAACAGUGCCUCAGUGGAGUUAAGAGGAUUUGUAAGACCCCACAACAGGAGGCUGAACCUCUUGAAGAUGUUCAAGGAAAACUUCUGCAAGCUCCCAAAGCUCUAGAGGCUGGUGAUGCAAGUUUAGGUGGUGUUGAGCAAACUGUGGAGACUCCAGCACACAUGCAAGAAUCUGAAGACCUAUCUGAAAUGACAGACAUGAAAACUCCAAAUGUAAAAAGCUCCCCAUUGGUACCUCCCAGAGAAAAGGCCAAACCUGAUGAGGAGAACUUUGGUAUCAAGAGGCUUGUGAAAACACCGAGGCAGAGCAGUAGUGCACCAGAGGAAGACUUUGGGGGACUUCAGGAGCUCAUGGAGGAGCCGCUGGCUGAACCCACAGGGCAACUGGAGACCAAUGAGGUUGAGGAUCAAACUGCUCCAGAUUGCGAUGAAGAUGUAGCAAAAGUAGAAGAAGAUGCAAAUGAAGUUGUUGUUGUUGAUGACCACGUGGAGGAGGUGCCAAGUGGACACAAUGAUAAUGAAUCAUCAGGUGCCGUGGAAACGAUCUCUCAAGCAGCUGUAGAUGAGAAUAUAUCUGUGGAACAACCCACAGUGGACGCAGCAGAUGAGAAUAUAUCUGAAGAACAACCCACAGUGGACGCAGCAGAUGAGAAUAUAUCUGAAGAACAACCCACAGUGGACGCAGCAGAUGAGAAUAUAUCUGAAGAAAAACCCACAGUAGAUACAGCAGAUGAGAAUAUAUCAGAGCAACCCACAGUGGAUGCAGCAGAUGAGAUCUUACCUGUAGAACAACCCACAGUAGAUGAGAAAAUAUCUGAAGAACAACCCACAGUAGACGCAAUAGAUGAGAAUAUAUCUGGAGAACAACCCACAGUGGAUGCGGCAGAUGAGAUCUUACCUGUAGAACAACCAACAGUAGAUGAGAAUAUAUCUGGAGAACAACCCACAGUGGACGCGGUAGAUGAGAAUAUAUCUGUGGAACAACCCACAGUGGAGACUGCUACUGGCAAAGUCACAGAAAUGGACACAACUGUCACCGAAGCUGAGCACGAGAAGAAAUCAGUUCGAGGCAGAAGGGCAAAAACGGCUGAGGAUAUACAAGAGGCAGCAGAACAGUCUGAAGAUCCUGUUGUCCCUGCUCCAGUCAGAGGAAGGAGAGGGAAGAAAACUGAAGCUGCAGCACCACCUGCUGUGAAACAAACAGCAAGGGGCAGAAAUGCAAAGUCCCAAGAAGACCGGGAUGUUGAGCUCACAAUGGAGAAAAGUGCAUCUCUGCCUCCCAAAGUUGCCCUUAAGCCUAGAAGAGGAAGAAAUGCCAAAACGGCUUCUGAUGAUCAACCAGAGAUGGUCCAAGAGGUUGCCCCUGAAAUUGAACAGAAUCCACCUGUUGAUGUUGACCAAGAAGCACAUGACAGUGCAGCACCCCUGGAGAAGGCUGUGUUGAAGCCCAAGCGAGGGAGAAAAACUAAACAGCCUGAACAACCAGUGCCAGAGCAGGAAGAUGUGCCGAGUACUCACAGUGACGGUGUUCCACAAGCCGACAUGGCUAAUGCAGAUUCAAAUGAGGUCUGCAGUGACCAGGUGGAGAUGGUGCUCAGUGGAAGUGAUGAAAAUCAAGAACAAGCCACAGUGGAGACUGCUACUGGCAAAGUCACCAAAUUAGACACAACUGUCACCGAAGCUGAGCACGAGAAGAAAUCAGUUCGAGGCAGAAGGGCAAAAACGGCUGAGGAUAAACAAGAGGCAGCAGAACAGUCUGAAGAUCCUGUCGUCCCUGCUCCAGUCAGAGGAAGGAGAGGGAAGAAAACUGAAGCUGCAGCACCACCUGCUGUGAAACAAACAGCAAGAGGCAGAAAUGCAAAGUCCCAAGAAGACCGGGAUGUUGAGCUCACAAUGGAGAAAAGUGCAUCUCUGCCUCCCAAAGUUGCCCUUAAGCCUAGAAGAGGAAGAAAUGCCAAAACGGCUUCUGAUGAUCAACCAGAGAUGGGACCAGAGAAAGCUGUGGAAACACCGGUGGCUGAGAUUUCCACUGAAGCUGUGAGUGACCAGACUCCAAUGAAAGAAAAUGAGUCUGCCCCCCCUGCAGAGGAAGCUGUCCUGAAGCCCGUUAGAGGGAGAAAAACUAAACCAACUCCUGUUGAGCCACCUCAGCCAGAGAAAAACGAAGUUGUGAUUAAUGAGCCUCUAACAGCCGAUGCACAACCUCAAAAGUCCAUUCCUACUCUUGGAAAAGCCAGGAGAGGGAGACAGACGAAGCCUGAUGCUGUCGAACGGAAUGAGGUGAUGGAAGACACGGUUGUUGCUGUGGAGACCAAGCAGCAGUCCCAGCCUCCAGUCAGGGCUAAGAGGGGAAGAAAUGCUAAACAGGAAGAAGAGAAGCUAGAGUCGACUUCCGUUGAGACUGCCGCGUCCCAGGAGCCAGCUAAGAAACUGAGGAGAACCAGGAAGGCAGAGCAAGACGUAGAACCGAGAGAAGUCCAAGCCGUUGAAAUGGUUAUUCCAGAGAAGACUGAAGCGCCACUUGUCGCCGAACCGGUGACGAUGGAUGAACAGACCGCAGUGGCUGCAAAACCCAGGAGAGGAGGGCGGAAAGCAAAACAAGACCCCGAGGUCCAAGAGGUCCCUGCCGUCAGCGCCACAGACAAACUCAAAAGGGGUAGGAGGGGGAAACUAGUCACUGAAGAGGUUGGAGUACCCGCUGUAGUACCAGAGGAACAACCUGACCACGAGCUGGAGGCCGAAGAGAAGAAUAUUGCUGAGCCAGACGCUCCAGUCAUCAAACCGAGCCGGGCGAGGGGGGUGAAAACUUCUGUAAAAAAUGAGGUUUCACAAGCCAUUCCAGCCAAGAGAGCCCGUCGAGGUGCAGCACUUCCCCUCGAUGAGUCCAGUGCCGAAUCCACAGCACCUGCGCCAACUUCAGUAGAGCCCGCCAAAAGAGGGAGACGGGCAGCAGCAGCAAAGCCCACCGCAGAUGACGCCACCGUGACCGGAGAGCAGCCUAAUCCCACUGAAGAUUCAAGCGAUGCGGUCGUGGAAGACGCCAAAAUGUCCAAAAGAUCCGUGAGGUGGAAAUCAGAUUUGGAAGUCUUUGACGUUUCAAGAGUAACCCCUGUGAAGGCAGUCCGAGGUAGGAAACCAAAACUUGCAGUCCAAGUUGACGCUGAAAGCAAAACUGUGUCAAAGGAUGCUGAGGAAGCUGAAGAGAAGGAUCUCUCAGACAGAGUUGUUGAAGCUCAGCCCGUCAAGAGAGCCAGGCGAGGGGCAAAGGUCGCUGAUGUAACCACCGCUGAAGCGGAGUCCACACGCAAGGUGGAAAGUGUUGAGGCGGAGACACAGCCAAAAACCCGAAGAGGAAGAAUUGCUAAGAAAUAAAAGCGUUUGUGUAUAUAUUCUUAAUCCUAAUCACAUUUUUCUUAUCUUUUUGUAAUUGUCAUUGUAUUGUGUUUUAGAAAGUAGUUUUAUGGACUGAAAAUUAAGCACUGUUUCUUUUUUUCUUCAAUACAGCAGGGAAUUGUUUGACCAUUUAUUUUGUUACAAGGUGUAUGUUGUUCAUUGCUAAUUUUGCAAAUUUGUAUGGUGAAAAAAGUGAUUAAAUCUUUUAGUACAAAAAAGAAAAAUUGGU